AUCAAGGACACUGUGAAAGGGAAAUGUUGUCUGCAUGUUCUCUGCAGAUGCCAUCUGCAGCAGUGCUCAGAUGUCUAUGGUAGCUCCUUCAGUUGCUGACGCUGUUAUGCAAACCAAUGAAAACUAUGGUGACUAUGACAUCACAAGCAGUCAGAUAGUGUUCCCCAAUGGUUCCAUUGAUCCCUGGAACAUGCUUGGAAUCACCAAAGACAUAAACGAUGACCUCCCAACCAUCUUUGUUAAAGGCACUGCUCAUUGUGCUAACAUGUACCCUGCCUGACCAGAAGACUUGCCGCAACUCACCUAUGCAAGAGACCACGUCUUCCUACUCCUUCAGAAAUGGCUGCUGCUGUAGGAUUUCAAGAACUGAACUACCAGACUUCCUUUAUUAUCAUACCCUUUGAGACAAUCAACAAAUGAACAUGCACAAUUAGCAAAUUAAUAUGAAUGAAACUUAGCAAAGAGACAUGUGUGUGCUGAAUCUUAUUCCCAAGCCUUUCUGUACUACCGUCCCCUCCUGGUUAUUACUAUUAAAGAAACCCCAGAUUUUAAAGGCUUCAGGAGUGUAUUGCCUUUAUAGGAAUCCAUGAUAAUAAAUUAGAUUUAUCUUAUUUAGGAACACCAAGACAGUCAGAAAAUGAUCAAGAGAAAUACACCCUUUGACUAGUUCAUUUGAACCCCAUAUUUCUAUAACCCUGUUCUGUAACUGUGUGUAUAAUUGUAGCACAUUGAGUUUCCUAUUGUAUGAAACUAUCUCAUAAAGCAUGUUUUUUAUGAAAGUUUUGUCAGGGCAGCUUCUCCACAAACUGUUUUAAAAUGUAUUAAAAUGUAAUAAACUAAUUGUGACGGAAGGGGAUAUGCAUGAAAUGUGUGUUACAUGAUUUGCAUAUGCAAUGAUGGUUUUAAAAUUAAAUGGUCACAGGAGAUUUGAUAUUCAAAUAUGAAAGCAAACUAUAUAACCUGAUACAAUAGUGU